AUGUCGGACCAUCGCGUUGUCCCUGGGACAGUUUAUCUGGUAGAUGUCCAGCACAUCUCGCACUCCAAACAUGCUGACGACGGCGACAUCGUGCUCGUUCCUAUGCCUACCGAUGAUCCUGAGGAUCCGCUCAACUGGUCGAGGCGGCGCAAAUUGCUCUCAGUCGCCUGUAUGGCAGUCUACAUGGUCAUGGUUGGCCUGUCGUGCUCCUUGGUGUAUUCCAUCAUCGUUCCUGUGGCUGAGGACACCGGCCUUUCCGUAGCAGAUCUCAACGCCGGUACCGGCUACAGCUACCUGGCUUUCGGAUGGAGCUGUCUGAUAUGGCAGCCAGCCGCCAAGCAGUUCGGGAAGAGGCCUAUAUAUCUUAUCUCGCUGCUGCUGACUAUCGGCGUUACGAUUGCCGUCCCCUUCGCACUUAGCCCUGGCGCAUGGAUGGCUAUGAAGAUUCUAGGAGGUCUAGCCGGCGGCCCUCUAGAAUGUCUGGGAGAGAUCUCUAUUGCGGACGUGUUCUGUGCGCAUGAGCGAGGGAAGUUCAUGGCUAUCUAUGCGUUCGUACUCUUCGCAGCCGGCUUCCUGGCUCCGAUCCUCGCCGGGUUCAUCAACGAUGGAAUGGGCUGGCGCUGGGCUCAGUACUGGGCAACGAUUUGGUUGGCUAUCGGUUUCGUAUUUUGCUUCUUUUUCAUGGAGGAAACAAACUUCAAGCGAACAUCUGUACUCGUGACUGAAGAGACGCAGAAUGAAAUUAAAUCGAAGACAAUCGCAUGCGAUGAGGCGAACCCCAUAGACGACACAAAGGGGGAGAGCGUUCAACCGGGCACGCAGAGCGAUCUCUCUAACGGCACUGUGACUUGGCGUCGAAAGACAUAUCUCCAGAAGCUCAAGCUGUUCGACAAUGUGCAGCCAGUCCACCAUUUCUGGUCAAUGGUCUUACGCCCCCUACGCCUACUAUCUUAUCCCGUCAUCGUCUACUGUGGCUUCUCAUACGGGUGCUCCCUUAUCUGGUAUUCUGUGCUCAACGGUACAGCAUCUGUUGUCUUGAGCUCCCCGCCAUAUAACUUCAGCGCAUCCUACGUCGGACUCACCUAUAUCUCCCCCAUGAUCGGUGUCGGCAUCGGCAGUCUGAUCGCUGGCAACUUUGGGGACGUUGUUGUCAUUUGGCUCGCUCGCCGUAACAAAGGAAUAUGGCACUCGGAAUAUCGGCAGUGGCUAAACAUCAUUAUGGCUGUCCUUCUCCCCGGCUCUCUUCUCCUCUGGGGCCUCGGGGCAGAACAUGGAAUACACUGGGUUGGUCUGGUCUUCGCUAUGGGACUCAUCGGCUGUUGUAUUGCUAUGGGAGCACAUCUUUCGCUUUCUUACUGCAUUGACACCUACACGGAUUUCGGCGCCGACGCCGUGGUAGCGACGAUGUGUAUCAGGAACACUAUGGGUUUCGCGAUAGGUUAUGGCAUCACACCAUGGACCGAGGACUUGGGAUACCAGAACGCCUUCCUGAUCGCAGCAGCAGCUGGUCUUCUUCAGGUCCUCACUUUCCUGGUCAUGGUAAAGUGGGGUCCUCAGAUCAGGGAGCGCUCAACUGACCGAUACCGCCGUGACGUGGACAGGGCGACAGAGCUAGGGAUUACUCAUUGA